AUGGAUCAUAUUAUGCAAAUAUUUAACUUUAUAAAAUUUUCAGUGGCAGCUGGGGGGACGGGAACGUCAGAUUACGUAAUGAAUCAUUACGCCCCGGUUGUCCAACUUCACAGAAAAAACAACAACAACAACGACAACAAUGGUGACAACAACAACGACGAUGGUGACAACAACAACAACAACAACGAGCCACUGAACUACGUGGUCUUGGACUUCCACAAAAAGAACAUUAACAAGAAUCGCAUUCAAGACAUCAAUAGUGCCACUGAAAAUGACUUCUACUUCAAUUAUCGUGACAUUAACCAACAACAAAACCGCGAUAACUACGGCUACAACAACAACCCUAAUGUCAUUUUGCUCACAUUCCAGUUUCCGCCUGUCAAUCUCGAUUCCCGAAAUGCGAUUCCAUAUUUUCUAAAAUUCCCAUUCCAGAAAAUUAAGUUCAACCAAUUCUCAUGGGAUUCCCACAAUUCCCGUUCCCAUGCUCAUCUCUAA